GUCAGGGUUGCCUUCAGGAUAUUCAUAUCCGGACGCAGUUACCUGGCUACUCCUGAGGGUGAGUCGGAUGCAGACUAAAUAUCACCUCGCUGUAUGCCCUGCGGUCCCCCAUUCACCAUACUAAGCAUUUAACAAGUUGUCCAGUUUAUCCCAAUGGCAGACCAUGGGGAAUCAAGAAAUCUCCAUUGGUUUUGCAUCAAAGCAUGUGCAGCCAUUAUUCUGCUCAUGGCCUUCUACCAUACAGUUCUGCAGAAUAACUCUUUGGGCAGCAUGGAAAAGAGAGAACUUCUGAUAUCAACAGAGAUCCCAGUAGAAUAUAUAGAUCCAAAUUCAAUUGAUCUCACUUCCCUGGUCAACACAUUAAUUAACUCUACACAGUCAGGGUCACAACAACUCUUCUCCCUAUUGAGUGUGACUUCCCACAGUUCCCUGUCCCUUCAUAAAUUCACCCUACUGGUGUAUAACAUUUCAAAUUUCAGGAACUUCGAGACCAAGUUAUUUCCAAUGAGGUUCUGUUAUUGUGUAAGCAACAAGACAAAUGAUUUAACAGAUUUCACAGCCAUAUUGCUGGAUGUAAUAGGAAACUCCACCAGCUACCUUCAAGAAAUAUUCAAGUCUAGUUCCAUAUUAUCAGUGGACCAGAGCAACAAUUCAGAAUGCAUCUAUAUAUGCGUAAUGGCGGGGAAAACUGACAGAGACCUGUCCCCGCUCUGGGAGAUGGAGUCCAUCAAGCCUCUAUUCAAUCAGACCAUUACGGCUGAUGCCCACAAAGGCUGUCCGCGGAAGAGGCCAGGGCUAAGGCAGGUGGGAGGAGAGGAGGCAUCAGUCACCAACACCACCGUUACUGCUCAGAGGCUCCAGCCCUGUCUGCUGGAGCUCUGCAAGUUCUUCUCCCAGUGCCUCUGCCGUACCUACACCAAAGUUGCGUUUGUGUGUUACAGGUACUGUGUGGAUACCCAUCCUUGGUAUGUGCAGUAUACCUCAGAAAUAUGCAGGAGGGUUAAAAGAAUCGCUUAUUCCAAAAAACUCAAGCAGAAGUGCCUGGCCAGAAUGUGUACCAAGCUCUGACACGCUGAGCGAUGUUUCCUGGAACGUUCCUCUGAAUUUACAGACACCACUCACUGUUUGCACUUAUAAGGCACUCAACCUGGCUUCAUUUGCAACUUCUUUCCUUGUUUUCAAACUAAGGUUUGCAUAAAAACUGCUGGACUUUU